CUCCUCUAGGGGGCGCAAAUUCUCUUCAGCUGCCCCAAGCUAGCACACAAAAUGGGUGAUAACGCAGUGACUGUGCGUACUCGCAAAUUCAUGACCAACCGUCUGUUGAGUCGCAAGCAGAUGAUUGUCGAUGUAAUCCACCCAGGAAAAGCCACUGUUCCUAAAACAGAGAUUCGUGAGAAGCUCGCAAGUAUGUACAAGACAACACCAGAUGUAGUCUUCUGCUUUGGCUACAGAACUCAAUUUGGAGGUGGACGUACUACUGGCUUUGCCCUCGUCUACGACACACUUGACUCGGCAAAGAAAAUUGAACCCAAGUACAGGUUGCAAAGACAUGGAUUAUACGAGAAAAAGAGGCCCACUCGUAAACAACGAAAGGAAAGAAAGAACAGAAUGAAGAAGGUCCGUGGUACAAAGAAAAACAAAGUAACGUCAGGCAAGAAGUAAUCGUAUGCACUUGAUUAACAAAUGGAGUUGCACAUGUCUGUAAUUAUAUUAAAAGCAAUGUAAGACAGAA